AUGGCGGCAAUGGAGGAGCUGGAGAUUCAUAGCAAGUCCUACUUCGUUCGUUGGAUCAAUGUUAGCGCAAACCACACCAUCUCGUGGAGUAUCCAGCCACACAAGAAGUCCGUGAAUUUCGGACUCUUCAAGCACCCCGGCCAGUCCACUCAACUGAGCUCCCAACUGCCCGCCUCCGCUUCCCACACCACCGAUUCAAACGAGAACCUCCCCGCAACGGCCGCGACUUCCGGCUCCCGCAACCAACAGUCCAACGUAGUCGAGAAGCUGACCGGAAUCGGUCUCAAGUCGAUCAAAUGGAUUGGAAAAUGCGAAGCCAACGUUGUGUUGCAGGGGACAUAUGAUGUGCCCACUGGAGAGGGUGGUGACUACGCACUCGUCUUCGACAAUACCUUCUCCAAACAAGUCUCCAAGACCCUCACCCUCGUCCUCUUGACUUACCCCACUGGCUUCCAGCCUCAUGUCUCGGCGUCAGCUUCGAUUAUGCGCUCCCAGAUGAGCGGCUCAAGCGAGUCGCUUCAGCAGCCGCGUGCGCGAAGACGCGGUAAUAGCCGAUCCACUCUGAACGCGCAAGUGUCCGAUGCCAACGUACAUACUGGUCAGCUUCAGAAGCGGCGCCGAAAGAGAGGUCAGGGCUGGGCCCGCAGGUUCUUCUCUUUGGACUUCACUUCGAGUACGCUUUCGUACUACCAUGACCGCAACUCAGCUGCGUUGCGGGGUGCUAUCCCGCUAUCAUUGGCGGCUGUUGCGACCAACGAGAAAUCUCGCGAGAUCUCCAUUGAUUCGGGUACCGAGGUCUGGCAUCUCCGCGCGAGCAAUGACCAGGACUUUGUGGCCUGGAAGCGUGCUCUGGAGAAAGCUUCUUCGCGGGGUUCUUCGAAGGAUGAGGGUCUCACUCUCCCGGGUCGUCCUGAGCUCCGACUGCCCCUCCCAUUGACGCAUUCCCCGGCGGAAGAGAACGAAUGGACUCGAGUCGAGCGUCUCGUCAGUCAAAUCUCCGGAUCGCGAGAUGCAGUACGACGUCUUGCAAGGGAUACCGAUCCCAAAUACUUUGUGUCUCCAUCUCCAUUCCCGUCUCCGCUCCCGUCUUCCUCGGAGCGAAGUCGUGGCCGUUCUCCUAGUCCUCAUCCUCCGUCAAACGACUCUGGCGUGGACCCCAGGCGUCCUUUCUGGAAGCGCAAGACUAGUGGCAACUCCAGUCAUAGCGGCAAGCAGGCUAAUGCUAGCAAUUCCCAGCUGGUGGUGCCGAUCAAGGAGGAGUCUAGCAAACCGGCUAGCAUUCAUAGCCAUGCUGAUGGGAUGGAUGCUAUUCAUGAUAAUCUAAUGGCAGUCCUGCGGGAUCUGGAUAAUGCCGUGACUGAGUUCUCGAGUCUCCUUGCUGACAGUAAGCAGCGACGACACUCUCUCAAGCCUGCAAUGACGAGUCGUAAGAGUAUGGAGUCAGAUAUCUCGCAGGAGUUUUUCGAUGCGCCGGACGGGGGAGCCGCAUCUCCGCUCUUGACGAUCCAGGAUAGCGAUGGCGAAGACGAUAAGGUAGACGGCGCCGCUGAGGAGGUUGAAGAUGACGCACCCUCUGAUAGUGAUGGAGAAUCCGAGUCGGCAGCUCCUCAUGACGGUGCCUCGCCCCUGUUCCCAUCCCGUCCCAAGUCAUUAUCUCCGCUUCCCUUGGAGAAAAUCCGCCGUCGCCAGACUAUCCUGGCUCCAACAGUCAUGCCUCCGAGUCUCAUCGGGUUCUUACGCAAGAACGUCGGCAAGGAUCUAUCCCAAAUAUCCAUGCCCGUAUCCGCAAACGAGCCACUUUCUCUGCUCCAACGCGCAGCAGAAAUCAUGGAGUAUUCCUCGCUCCUAGACCAAGCCUCCCAGGUCUCAGACAGCGUCGAAAGACUCAUGUACGUUACUGCAUUCGCCAUCUCCUCGCUCUCUAGCAACCGCGUUCGCGAGCGCUCCAUCCGCAAACCCUUCAAUCCAAUGCUAGGCGAAACAUACGAACUCGUCCGCGAAGACCGCGGCUUCCGCUUCAUCGCCGAAAAGGUCUCCCACCGCCCCGUCCAACUAGCCUACCAGGCCGAUAGCAAAGAAUGGAGUCUUGCGCAGUCCCCACUGCCCAGCCAGAAAUUCUGGGGCAAGUCUGCCGAAAUCACAACCGAGGGCCGCGUUCGCAUAACCCUCCACGCCACAGGCGAGCACUUCAGCUGGACGCCAGCUACCCAGUUCCUGCGUAAUAUCAUCGCAGGCGAGAAAUACGUCGAGCCAGUCGGUGAAUUGACUAUCUUCAACGAAACAACCGGCCAACGCACAAUCUCCACUUUCAAAGCGGGAGGUAUGUUCUCCGGCCGAAGCGAAGAAGUCUCAACUCGCGCCAUCGACUCAAGUCAUAAAAACCUCUCCCUCGGUCUAACAGGAACCUGGCCCUCGGCCCUCUCCUUGACAAAGGACGGCUCCCCCACCGGCAAACCGAUCUGGUCCGCAGGAGACCUCGUCCCGUCCGCGCCAAAACACUACGGUCUUACUGCUUUCGCCGCCGCACUUAAUGAAAUAACGUCUAUCGAAGACUCUCAUCUCCCGCCCACAGACUCGCGUCUGAGACCUGACCAACGUGCUCUUGAAGACGGUGAUCUCGAUCGUGCUGAGGAAGUCAAGGUCCAGCUGGAAGAGGCGCAGCGUGCCAGACGGCGUGAUAUGGAGAAUGCUGGCGAGUCUUGGAUCCCGCGCUGGUUUACGCGGGUUAGUGACGGCUCUGAUGGAGAGAACGCUUGGCGGUUGAAGGGUGGUAAGGAUGGUUAUUGGGAUGAGAGGGCGCGCGGUAGUUGGUCUAGUGUCGUGCCUGUUUUUGAGGAUUGA